CUCUCCCUCUCUGUCCCCCUCUCUCUCCCCAGCUGUUUUCUGAGCAGAUGUUUGUCUCUUUGAAACUGAAGCUCAACACCGGUCAGAUUAAGAGAGUGAGAGAGUUGCCCUCGAUCUGAAGCUCAAAGAAAAACUCCUUCUGUUGUUUCACCUCAUUAUCUUUUGUUCUUAUGAUUAUUCAUAUAAAUGUGUAAAUAUGAAGGAUUUGUUUCUGUUCCCUCCAGCAUGUGUGAGUGUUGCAUAACCUCUGUGAGUUGGCAGCUGUUUGUGUCCAAGGUUUAGAAACCUCUGCUCCCAUAACAUCGUGUAAUCACACAAACACACACACACAAAUACACACACACACACACACACACACAGAGACACACACAGAGAGUUGUGUAAAACAGUUUAGUUUUACAGCAGAAAGUUUUUUGGUAUCAUGGAAGUUUUUUCUGAAGAAACUAAAUUGGAACCCAAAUCUCUCUCUCUCUCUCUCUCUCUCUCUCUCUCUCUCUCUCUCUCUCUCUCUCUCUCUCUCUCUCUCUCCCAGAGAUGUAGCUUGUGUGUUGGUGUGAUCGGCGGACCAUCAUGCACCUCUUCCUGCUGCUGAUCCUUCAAGCCACAGCAGCCUCCGGACAAAUCGACCCCACACAUUGUCGCUAUGCUUUGGGCAUGGAGGAUGGACGGAUCAAAGAUGAUGACAUCACUGCAUCCAGCCAAUGGUACGAGACCACAGGACCACGUUACGCCAGGCUGAACCGGGAGGAGGGCGAAGGCGCCUGGUGUCCUGAGGGACAGCUGGAGCCUUCAGACAGUCAGUACCUGCAGGUGGACCUGGGCAGACUGACCUUCCUCACCGUGGUCGGGACUCAGGGACGAUACGCCAGAAGCUCGGGGAACGAGUACGCCCGAGCUUAUCGCCUGAACUACAGCCGGGACGGGCUCCUGUGGAAGUCCUGGAGGAACCGGCUGGGAAACACGGUGAUGGAGGGCAACAAAAACGCCUACACCUCUGUCAUCAACGACCUUCACCCACCAAUCAUCACCCGCCACGUGCGUCUGAUCCCCGUCACCAAGCUGUCCACCACGGUCUGCAUGAGGGUGGAGCUGUACGGCUGCUCCUGGGACGACGGCCUGAUCUCCUACGGGGCGGCGGAGGGUCAGCUCAUGAUGCCGCCGGGUUUCCCCAUCGCCAGCCUCAACGACUCCACGUACGACGGAGCACACGAGAGGAGGAGGCUGUUUGAUGGGCUGGGUCAGCUGACGGACGGUGUGAUUGGCCUGGACGACUUCCUGCUGACGCGUCAGUACCACGUGUGGCCGGGCUACGACUACCUGGGCUGGAGGAACGACUCGCUGGGAACUCUGGGAUACGUGGAGAUGGAGUUUGUGUUCGACCGACAGAGGAACUUCACCUCCAUGAAGGUUCACAGUAACAACAUGUUCUCCCGCGGCGUGAAGAUCUUCUCCUCCGUGUCUUGUUGGUUUAAGCCCCGCCUCCUCGCUGGCUGGGGGGCGGAGCCUGUGGCAUUCAAGACAGUGCUUGAUGACAGGAACCCGAGCGCCCGCUAUGUGACCGUGCCGCUGAACCGCCGUGCCGCCAAGUCCCUACGCUGCCGCUUCCACUUCGCUGACGUCUGGAUGAUGUUCAGCGAGAUCUCCUUUCAGUCGGAAGACACCGUCCUCCCGACCCAGAUGACCCUGGUGGUGACCUCCCCUCCAGCCACUGUGACGAGCAUCAUGACCAACACAUCAGGGACGAUGGAUCCAUCCACUGGUCCACCCGACGACGGGAACACACCCAUUCUGAUUGGCUGCCUGGUGACCAUCAUCUUGCUGUUGGUCAUCAUCAUCUUCCUCAUCCUCUGGUGUCAGUACGUCUGCAAGGUGCUGGAGAAGGCUCCACGUCGGAUCCUGGACGAGGAGGUGACAGUUCGACUGUCGUCUUGCAGUGACACCAUCAUCCUUCAGACCCCCCCGGUGCCCCCCCGCUCUGGACACGGCCCUGCAGGCUCGGCCAGCACAGACCCCCACUACGAGAGGGUCUUCCUGUUGGACCCACAGUACCAGAACCCGGCGGCGCUGAGGAACAAGCUGCCUGAGCUGUCGCAGAGCGCCGAGGCCUCAGCUCUCCUUCUGGGUAAUCCUCUCUAUGACCUCCUCCUGCUCACUUCCUGUCACAUGACGUCAGGCUGGCUGCGUGGUAAGUAUGUUCUGUGGAAAUCGUGUGGCGGAGGAUACGCUGAGCCGGACGUCACCCAGUGCACCCCCCACCAGUGUUUCCAUACCAGCGCGCCGCACUACGCUGAGACGGACAUCGUGCGGCUGCAGGGCGUCACCGGCAGCAACAUGUACGCCGUGCCCGCCCUCACCGUGGACUCGCUCACCAGGAAGGACAUCUCGGCGGCCGAGUUCCCACGGCAGCAGCUGAUCUUCAGGGAGAAGCUGGGGGAGGGGCAGUUCGGAGAGGUCCACCUGUGUGAGGCGGAGGGACUCCCAGAGUUCCUUGGGGAGGGGGCGCCCCUCCCUGAGCGGGACGGCCACUCGGUGCUCGUGGCUGUAAAGCAGCUGAGGGCCGACGCCACCAGCCAAGCCAGGAACGACUUCCUGAAGGAGAUAAAGAUCAUGUCUCGUCUGAACGACCCGAACAUCAUCCGGCUGCUGUGUGUGUGUGUGUCGUCCGACCCGCUGUGCAUGGUGACCGAGUACAUGGAGAACGGAGACCUCAACAUGUUCCUGUCCCAGCGAGAGAUCGAGAGCACGCUGACACACGCCAACAACAUCCCUUCAGUCAGUCUGUCCGACCUCCUCCACAUGUCGGUGCAGAUCUCCUCGGGGAUGAAGUACCUGGCCUCUUUGAACUUCGUGCAUCGAGACCUGGCCACUAGGAACUGCCUGCUGGACCGUCGCCUCACCAUCAAGAUCGCCGACUUCGGGAUGAGCCGAAACCUCUACAGCAGCGACUACUACCGCAUCCAGGGCCGGGCGGUGCUGCCCAUACGCUGGAUGGCGUGGGAGAGCAUCCUACUGGGUAAGUUCACCACGGCCAGUGACGUGUGGGCGUUCGGUGUCACGCUGUGGGAAAUCUUCACUCUGUGCAAGGAGCAGCCGUACAGCCUGCUGUCUGAUGAACAGGUCAUAGAGAACACUGGCGAGUUCUUCAGGAACCAGGGCCGACAGAUCUUCCUCUACGCCCCUCCUCUCUGCCCCCCCUCUCUCUUUGAGCUGAUGAUGUGCUGUUGGAGUCGAGAUAUCCCCAACCGACCGUCCUUCGAGGGACUGUACCAAGCCCUGAGGCCCCACGUCAGCCAGUGAGCCGCUGGGAUGUACCACUCUGGUUCUCCUCGGCAACACAUUGGUUUGUUUCUCCUGGAAACCGACAGACGGUUAUGAGAGCGAGUCUCAGUCAGAGGAAGGCGAGGUUGGUUUGCUUUGUGGGAAAAGCUGCCCCCCAUUCCGAGGGACAAGAUGGAGAUGUGGAAAUCAAAGGCUGGUGGACUCAGAGGAGGAACGUUCCACGAGAACCUUUCAGUCAUAGUGAACAAAGAUUUUUAAGCUUUUUACAGAUUUCUGUCAAAGUCAGUUUCAAAGUUUCAUCCAUCUCAAGCUCUUUGACCAAAAUAUCUUGUCGGACCUUUUGACAAAUCUUCUUUUCUUCUUGUUAUGGUGCCAAAGGUGUCUUCAACUUUAUUCCCCUCCUCUUCAGUCCUGGUAGUUUCUCCUGUCCCUGUGGUUUUUAUUAUUAUUGUUAAGCACUGUGUCUGUGUCUCAGUUAUUCAUGUUCAUAUAUUAACCCACACUGGAGCUAGGGUUAGGGUGAAGUUGUAGUGUAGGAUUUGAUGUUUUAAGAUUUGUAUUCGGUUUUAUUGUUUUCCUGGUUUAUUGUAUGUUCACGUGUUUGGUGUUUGUUGUGGACGUUGUCCAGCUGAGGUCGAUCAGUGUCACUGCGGUGAAACCUGUGUCAGUCACUGUGGCUCAUUAGGGAAAGAAAAACAGAAACCAGAUAAGAAAAUGCCAAAGUAACGAAGGAGGAACCGAGAUUGUUUAAAUGUUAAAAUAAUGACAUGUUUGUAGUAAAAUGAUGAAACUCCUCCUCGUGUAGUGACUUGUGACAAAACAUCGUGUCAAUCACAUCUCAACCUGGAGGAUUUGAUCCAAAGUGCCUUUCAUCUGUAGGAGGUGGGUUCCACCUUCCAGCCACAGUAACCACUCGGGACUGAGACUGUGGAGGAAUCGAACCUCCGGUCCUAACGUCAAGGUCUCAUCAGGUCUGGAUCUGAGAACAUGUCGGAGUCCAUCGGCCUGGUUCUUGAGUUAGCUUGUGGCGUGUGUUAGCCGAUUAGCCACAGAUCACUAGGACCAUGAAAUAUGAAGUGAGUCGAGAAACUAAAUGUUCAAAUCAAUUAUGAUGAUAUUCACCAAACAGAAUUGGCCUCAAAUUGUGGUAAAUAUUUUGGCAAAUAAAACCUGAUGACAAUGUAGUUAGUUUGCGUAACUGCAGUUAGUCGACUAGGUUACUAACUAGUUCCCUGGGGAGGAGGUUUACUUCAGUGUUAGGAUAUAUGCACCUUAACUACAUUGGCUAACUAACCCGCAAAGUACUUAACAAGUCAGGUUAUAGUUAAACAAGAGAUAAAUGAGGUUAUAAGGCUUCUGUACCAGAAGCAGUGGUGGUGGUGGUUAGCAGUUAUCUCAUCACGGAGCUCUCCCCACGUUGACGGUAUUAUAGUUGGACUAGGUUUGGUAAUAAGUUACCGCUGCAGCCGAUCCAACCACAGUGAGGUAGGUCUUCUGGACAAGAGGCCUACUGUCAGCCUGUACGUAGCAGAAGGUCUGUGUUGGAGCAGGAGCCUGUGAUCUGAGGCCCUGAGCAGCUGAUCCACCUCAAACAGACGAAGAUCUCAGCUGUCGCUCACUUCAUCAAACAGCCAAUCGGAGUGCAGCUUUCAGGCCGGAUCCUCUCGAGGAGGUGACUUCAGAAGAUACAGGUUCCGUUUGUAAAUCAGCCGCGAUGACUCGUCAACAAGAUGUUUCUUGAAUCUCAAUGAAUUUUUACUGCCUAACAUUUGAAAGAGUCUUGUUAAUUCAGAGAAAGAGGUGAUGGGGAUGUUGGACACAUGUUUUACAGGAUUUACCUUUUUAUUAAGUGUUAAACAAGUAAAACCAAAUGUUCAACGUUUCAUUACAGAAAAUUGUUCUGUCGAUCAACAACAAAUCGUCUCUGUUGUCCUGACGUAUGAGCUAAUUCGUCCGAAACAGGAAAAGCUUCCUUUGCUUAUUAGCAUCAAGUGUCACUGUCCUUUAGAGAAUAAACCAUCCACACCUGGUUCCACAGUCACCAGACAGGAGUUGAUAGAAAUAUGCAUUUUUAACACACUGAGCUCAUUGUGCCAUUAGCAAUAAUGGAGCUGGUGUUAGCUAAAUGCUAACAGUGAGACUGGAUAGCUCUUCAUGUUAGCAGACCUGCUACGCUGACAGUUACCAUCAUAUCGGAUUAAUACUCAUCUCCCUCUUUUAAAAGCCAUUCGAGGUGUGAUUAAAUGUUUUGAACAAGCAUGGCAUUUAUGGCUAAAUGUUUUCUAGCUAGGUGGUCUGAUGUUUUAUUGCUAUGUUUUUGUCCUCGUAUUUUGUUUUGUUAUUGAUUAAAACAGCUGGAAUUUCAGCAGCUGUCUCCACUGAUGUGUAUGAUUGACGUUAAAUGGCAGAUUUGCGUAAGCUUUCCUCCAACAUGACGUUAACGCGGUAUUAGUAAUCUAGCUAAAAUGGAGAGCUAGCAUGUUAGCAGUUUCUUCAAUAACCAAUUAGCGCUAGCUUGUAUUCAAAGUGCCACCAAGCUUAGAAGUGAAAAUAAAAAUAUGUCAGUUGUUCAAAAAGUGAAAUGCGUAAACCAAAAUAACCUUAAGAGGAACGGAGAGAAGACCAAGUAUACGUUAAAGGGACAGUUCACCCAAAAAUAUAAAUUCCAUCAUUAUCUCCUCACCAGUAUGAUGGGGGGGGGGGGGGAACAGUGAGAACUUGUGAUACUCACGAGCUACUUGAGAAGAUACCAGAGACGUUGAGGCUCAAACUUUGAAUGAGGUUGUUUCCAGUUGAACAUGAACGUCGGGGCUUAUGGACACUUGAUGACAUCACAGGAGCAGAAUGGAGACGUGUUGUGUUUUUAUCUGUUGUUGUAUUAAGAAGAACCGGUCUCUAGUUACUUCAGUUGUGUUGGAAUCUUCUGCCCCCCCCCCCCCCUCUCGGCACAAGGACAUAAUGAGAUAGUUUUCAUUUUCGGUGAACUGUCCCUUUAAUGUGUCAGAUGUUCAAAAUGUCAAAUGGCGUAAAACCAAAAUAACCUUCACAGAAGUGGAGAGGAAGUCUACGUGAAGUCUGUCAGUGUGGUUGUUGCAGUGUUCGGUAUCUGUACUGUGUCGUCACAUUUCUAUGAGUGUGUGUCAGUUUUGUGAGUGAAUCUUUCCAACAUUCCUCUGAGCACUGGGAGCUCAUGGAGAUUCACGUGGUUCCAGUUGCUGUCGAGUCAAACAGAUGAAACGAGGGAGAGAAGGGAUAAAGUGCAGGAAGUGAGGAAACCACUAAACUCCAUCUCCCAGAGUCCUUUGCUACAGUGAGCCUGUGUGUGUUGUGGUUGCAUUGGGGGGGAUUGGUGUGUCGUGUGCAGUACAAGUGAUCUAUGAUAUCUCAGUGUGUGAAUGCAGAUUAGGUGUGAUUAUUGUUAUUGAUAAUUGAUUAUCUAUCAGAAUUUAUUGUAGCUCUUUCUCUGAUUAUUUCUAGUCUGGAAAGGGGGGGGGGGGGUGUUUUGCUCCAGAUUCUCAUCCACUGUUUGACCCUCAGUCUCAUCUUCAGUAUUGAUUCAGACACAUAUUGUACAUAGGCUAGUAGCUGUGUAUAUUAAUAUAUUGGGAGUUUAGAACUUUCAUUUCACUUUGUACCCUCUCAUGUCUCCGUUUGGUUUUUAUCUUAAAAUGAAAUAAUAAAAAUUGUCGAACAGAA